AUGUCGGCGACUGUUGCAUGUCAAACGAUGCAAUGCCGUGUACCCAGACUUGCCGUGAGGAGUCCGACUUCAGAUACAAAUCCGAGCAGUUCAGAAAAUGCCCAUGAGUCUCGUCGCCAAGAGGAGCAUCAUCAUGCCUCUGAAGAUGGGAUGUCGGUCGGGCCAGGACAGAAUGCACAAGAGUUUUACAGAAUGGUUCAUCAGAAACAACAGCAACAACAACAACAACAACAGCGAACAGAGUCCUCCCACCAACAGGAGGGAAAAUCCACUACCACUACGAAAUCUUCUUCUUCUUCUACUUCAUUGAAAAGCAAAACUGCAGCAAACGCUCUGAGUUUCUUCACUCUCAAAGAACCUUCAACUGCAGCUUGGCACGAUUUCGCUGCGGCGCAUGAAAAGCAGAAGACGAAAAGGAGAAUUUUGGCAUCGCAGCAGCAACAACGACAACAACAACACAACAAAAAGUCUUUUGAGAAAGAAAUCUCGCCACGCCGGUCGCUGGUCUCGCUGGCUAGGUCGAGUCGCAGUAGCAGUACUACUUGUAGUUCUGAUAAUAGUACAAGUAGUGGUAGUAGUAGUCAGAAGACUCGGACGGGCAAGUCGCUAUUUCGGAUUUUUUGA